CCAUAGCUAUCGCCCAUCCCCAAUUGGCACUAGUUCAUUCGCGUCUAUUUUGUACGCGAAACAGUAAAAAAAGAAAAGAAAUAUUUGUACUAUUUUUCUAACGUUUAUACGCUUUUUAUAAAUGAAGACCCAGCCACAGAUAAUGCUGUGAGGACCCGAUUCUGAUAGGCGAGAGCAAAGCGCGAACACCCUGCGGAAGGCCCAUAUCCCCCAAAAAACCGAAUCGAGUGCGGAAAAUGAUGUAAAACGGGGGAAAUCUAAACCUGAAAGGCCCCACACAGCACAGCCACAAAAUGGAAAGGCACUAGCAGCAACAACAUCAGAGAAGCGCCCAAGAUGAGCAUGUCGUGGCAUUUUUGAAGCAUCGAUCUUAGUUUGUUAGCCAGCUUUCUGUUCAAGUCACCGAGGUACCACAGUCUCCCUCCACUAUUCCAUCAGAUUCAACUGCAGCUUCGAAUCCCGAAUCCAGACUACCUAAUCCCAGCAAGAGCAGUCCAUGAUGCAUAUCAAAAGCCUGCCCCAUGCGCAUGCCGCUGCUACGGCGAUGAGCAGUAACUGCGACAUUGUCAUAGUAGCUGCCCAGCCCCAAACCACCAUAGCAAACAAUAAUAACAAUGAGACGGUAACCCAGGCCACGCAUCCGGCUCACAUGGCGGCGGUUCAACAGCAGCAGCAGCAACAACAACAACAACAGCAGCAGCAGCAACAUCAUCAGCAGCAGCAACAGCAGUCGAGCGGACCACCCUCUGUGCCGCCGCCACCCACGGAACUCCCCUUGCCCUUCCAGAUGCACUUAAGCGGGAUCUCGGCGGAGGCGCAUAGUGCCGCCCAAGCAGCGGCCAUGGCCGCUGCUCAGGCUGCAGCAGCCCAAGCUGCUGCGGCGGAACAACAACAACCGCCGCCACCACCGCCACAUCUGACGCACCUGACCACGCAUAGUCCGACAACGAUCCACAGUGAGCAUUACCUGGCCAAUGGACAUAGCGAGCAUCCCGGAGAGGGCAACGCUGCCGUUGGCGGAGGGGGAGCUGUCCGCGAGCCGGAGAAACCUUUCCACUGCACCGUCUGCGAUCGUCGCUUCCGACAGCUAAGCACACUGACCAACCACGUGAAGAUCCAUACUGGCGAGAAGCCCUACAAAUGCAACGUUUGUGAUAAGACCUUCCGUCAAUCGUCGACGCUGACGAACCAUCUGAAGAUCCACACGGGCGAGAAGCCUUAUAACUGCAACUUUUGUCCCAAGCAUUUUCGACAGCUGAGCACGCUGGCCAACCAUGUGAAGAUCCACACGGGUGAAAAGCCUUUUGAGUGCGUCAUCUGCAAGAAGCAGUUCCGACAGUCCAGCACGCUUAACAACCACAUAAAGAUACACGUCAUGGACAAAGUCUACGUUCCUGUUAAGAUCAAAACAGAGGAGGAUGAGGGGUGACUAGGACGAAUGCCGUUGGCGGCACACCACCAUCAGCAGCAGCAACACCAGCACCACCACCAACAGCAGCAGCAUCAGCACCACCCGCCGCCUCCGUCCCAGCAGCAGCAGCAUAUCGACCAACGUGGAGUCACCAUAACCACGUUGCCCUCCGCCACGUCAGUGGCCCAGCAUCACCAGCAGCACCAACACAUUCAGGAUGGCUCGCCACACCAUCAUUUUAAUGUGGCCGCUCUAGGGGAUUUAUCCAGCGCUAUGCAAUUGGGCGCUGUGACGGCGGACGGGAGCUUUGUGACCAUGGGCGGCGUUGUGGUGGGUCGCAUCCAGCACACACGAGAGGAACUGCAGCAGCUUGGAGUGAUCAAGGUGGAGUCACCAUCGAAUGGUGGCACAGCCACGACGUCAGCGGCGGCGGAAACGCAACGCGAGGGAUGAGUCGAUGAGCUGCUCCUCGAGUACAUGCUCAAGGAGGAGAAUGCGGAUGAAGUGGACGAACAGGAGCAGGAGUCGGAAGUGGAAGCGGAAACAGAAGCGGAUGUAGUGGAAAUUCAGGAGCAGGAUCAGGAGCAGAAAGAGGAGCAGCGUUCGAGCCAGAAGUGAGCCAUGUUUGGUGUGUACGCUUACGUUGUUGUUAGUUGUUUAAUUGUAGCGAACAUUGUUGUUGUUGUUAAGGUUUAAAUGUGUGACUAAGAACUUACCAAGAUGAUUGUAUAGCAAACGCUUCAAAAGUAGCUAAACGAAAGGCGCCAACACCAGCACCCAGAGCUCCCCAAAAAAGAACACAAACCGUAAACAGAAACAAAUACUAAAAUAAUAGUAAAGCUAAACUAAAAACCAGAUGAAAGACCUUAGCAGAGAGUUGUCUCUAUAGCAGCGCACCCCAUCUCACAUUCACAACCCUCUCAGUCCCGGAAAUAGAUUAAAUCCCUCUCUACUCACUUAUAAAAUAACCUAAUCCUAACUAGAGUGAAAUAAUUUGCUAAUAGCAAGAGCAAACUAAACCCGAAAAGCAAAAAGCCAUUGCGUGUACGAAAAACUUAACUAAAAUACUUCCCAAAGUGCAACCCGUUUCAGAUUGUAAAUUUUUGAUCCGACUCACUUUUAAGUUGUUUAAUUUAGCAUUUAAAGCUUAAGAAAAAUUGUUGUACAACUCAAAGUUGGUUACUUUUUUUCGCCAUCUUGCAAGGGCGUGUUUUAGUCUGGGCUAACACAAAUACAAUUUGUUUAUAAAAUCAAUAGCUGAAUUAUUUAACUUCGUAAACUUGUCAGCAAAACUUAAAAAAUAUCCUGAACAGAAAACGGCAAAGAAAAAUAUUCUAAUAGUGUUAAGUGGUCGAAACUAUCUAAAUAGCUCUUAGUCCCUAGAGAGCCAUAGUUUUUAAAUCAGCGUUUUGUUAAUUUUAAUUGAUUAGUCUUAGUAGUUUUAAUUUCAGCAUUGGCAUAAUUUGGAAACACAAAAGCUGUCACGCUAGCCUUCGUUUAAAUAUUAGUUAAUGAAGUAAACACAAAGUAACGCUAAUUAAUUCAUAACUAAUUACGAUUAUGAGAUAGGAAAGCAACAAGUUCUGUACAAAGCCCAACUCCAAUUUGUAUGUAUAAAGCGAAAGCAGCGGCGUUAAGGAGAGAGUUUAACUAAAUUGUAAACGAAAACCUUUUUAAAAGAGAAAAUAAUAUUUUCUAAAAAUACAA